AUGUCUGAGAACCCUUGGUAUGAUUACGUUGUUCAACGUCCACUCGUCACACCAACUGUGCAAUACAUCAAAACUGGAAGUGAUGUAUUGAAAGUCAUUUCAAUGUUUAUCAAUAACACUCAAGUUCCAAUUUGUGGUUCUCGAAUAUUCAUACUACUGAAGCGUUCUCCGAAUGAACAGGAUAUUACUGAGUUGGUAGCUCAAAUGAGAAAAUACCGUGUUUAUGUAUAUAUUGUUGCUUCUUCAAUGUCAUCGGGAGGUUUUCAUCCGGAAACGAUAAGAAGUCUAACUACUCAAACAAACGGAUGGGAUAUUCAUUAUGGAGAUAGCUCAUACAUCUCAGAUAUAGCUUUUUACUCACCGUUUUUCUAUAGUGAUAACUUGAUUUACGCUGCAAACGUGAACUUAUCACCAAACGGAUCAAUCGCUUUACCAAAAAUGACAGUACCUCGACAUGAAAAAAUUGGAUACUUGAAUAACAACAACUUCGCCUCAAAAGUUAUAAAUUUGAAUGCCGCAGUUUACGAAGUGCAGCUUGACUAUGAAAUUAGUAAUGACGUUAUCUACGCAGUUCAAAUUAGAAUCUACACUCUCGGGUAG